UAUUUUCUACCUUACAAUUUAUCCACGUGUUUUCUCUGUUUACACACCGAAUAACCUCAACAGCACGUGUGUUGUAAAAUUUGUAGGUAAUACCUUUAGCAUGAUGGUUAUGUCAAUUAAGAAAUGUACUAAAAAUACAUAUAUAUAUGAAGUAAAGGCUUUCGCAUAGUCUAUCACAGUGUCAUUCAGCAGGUCCUUAACUGGGCAGGAGUACCUGUCAAUGUCUAUGGGGAGACCCGUGGGAUAUAGGGUCAUGAACCAUAAACAUGCAUGUUACUUAUUGUUCAUUAUUAGCUGCUUGGAAUAUAAUUCUCCUCAUUAGACGAGUGAUUAUUACUACAUAUAUCAAGGCAAACAUUUAUACAUAUACAUUUAUGCACGGGAAAUUCUAAUACAUUGCCUGUAAGGACAGUAACCGAAUGGCACUCAGUCAUUCUAUUAAAUGACAAAAAUUUCUUUUACUCUGUGUUUAGGCUAUGGUAAUACACAGAAAGUCGAGUUGAGUUCUCUUUUAGAAUCAGAAGGUUUGCAAAGUUAAAUAGCACAACAAAAGAAAGCUUUGGAAGAGAAAUUCAAUGAAGAGAACGAUGAGACUUGUGAGACUAAUUUUUCUACAAAUGUAAAUUCGAAAAAAUAUAAUGUAGAAAAAAUGGAUUGUGACUCUGAAGAAGCAAAUGCGUAUAAACAUCACUUCAUACCGGGACCAUCUUUCAAUUCGAUGACUGAUAUAAUGCCACCUGCACCUCCUUUACCACCACAAUUAAUGGCCAAAUUACCAGAUAAUGAUACAGACGCACUUUCAAGUAUGUUGAUGUCAUGGUAUAUUAGUGGUUACAUGGUAUAUUACACAGGUUAUUACCAUGGUUUGAAACAAGCAAGAAACAAUCAAGAGAACAGGAAGAACUGUUGAUUAUAUCAAUUUUUUCAAUAACAAUAUAACAAUAAUAUAAGAUAUAAUAAAAUAUAAAACUCAUUGUAUUUAUUUACUUCAAUUAUUUGAAAUAAAGAACAGCUUUAUUUUCAUAUAA